CCUCAUAUCAUUCGACAACCGGCUGAUUGGGACUUGGUUUCUGGCUGACACCUAUUGAGUCCAUGUGCCUACCAAUGAGGGUCUGGAUAGAGACGGGGAUCGUGAGAAGCCGGGGGAGUGAUACUGCCACAGUAAAACAGCCCGGGAGAUGUAGGGAUUGAGGAAUGCUGCGGGCUCGUCGACGCGACGAAACGAAGUUAGAAGAGCUCUUCAGCAGCUCUACGGAGCGAACAUCGAUCGCGCUUGUCGAGACUGGUCCAGGCCGAGCUUUCCAGGCGAGGCGAUGGAGGUGGCGUAGGACGGCCGGCUCUGUGAGCGCUUGUUGUAGUUGUGCAAAUUCUGAUGCAAGUUGCAGUCGUGGUAGGUAGCAUCUGCACUUGUUAUGCGCUCUCGCGCAUCCUCGUUCGACGGCGGGCCAGAACAAGUGGUGGUUGUUAUGGUUGGUGGUGGUGUGCUGCUGUGUCUGUUACUGCCCCUCAACGUUUACCUCUCUGUCUCUACUUGCCUCUGCUUACCUCUGGCUCUGGGCUGGCUAGCAACACAGAAAAGAGUGCAGCGCUGGAUCUGGUCACGACUUUUUUCGAUACAAUCAUCUGUUCCAAACAACCAAAAAAAAAACCGAAAAAAUUAUACCCCUGGUCACUCGACGAGCGACACUCUUUUCUUCUUCCUUUUCCACUACAGCACAGCACGCAACUCAGUCCACUCGAUGCAUCAUCGGCAUAUCAACACUUCUUUUUUGUUUUAUUUCCCUUGAGUCGACUUGCUGUAACAAAACGGGCAUUACAUCGGAGUAUUGCAUUAUACAAAAAAGUUUGGGUCAACUACGGGGAGUACUUGGCUUAGCAGAACAGCUGCUUCAAAUCGCACGAGGGCGCAACAAUGGGGUUCACCGGGAUUGUACUACGGCACUGGGUUCUGUUGUCAGGUUGUUCACACGGGCAUCGGGGUAUCGAGAGGAUACACCCUCUCUGGCUUCAUCACAUUACGACAUGGGAUUUUACGUGAAGCUCGUCAUGGGAGAGCGCGCGGAAGGGGCUCGGACUAUGACGGAGGCGUUGGGUGGGGAAAGGAAGGACCCCGACAUCAGAUGGUAACAUGGCCUCCAGGGACGGCAUGGACAUGGGAAUAGGCAGUACCAAUUUGAUGGAUCAGCUGGGCAGCAGGGGCAUAAAUUCCAGCGCAAGGGGGAGUGA